CUUCGACCUGGUGUCGAGCUGCGGUCGUGACUUAUCACGGAUAAACUUGCAUAAUGAACCCGAGUCGAGAUUUCGGAUGUUACCUCGACGCUCUCAGCAUAACCGCACGAGUUACACCUCGCUAGGCUUUGGAAACCUUAUAUAUCGUGAACGGGUAUCCAGUAACAAUCCUUGACGGGUUUUCACAAUUCUUGCAGUAUAGAAGUCGGUAUGAUAAAAUUUAAAAGUCAAAGUAUCGACUUUUUUUCUCAUUAAAUCAUCGAGAGCUUGGAUUAGAAUAGGUCAAGCAACGAUCGCCGAGAAUAGAGCAAAUCUGCCCGAUCAGUCUGGGCUUGCUAAGAUAGUCUGUGGGCUGAUAAAACCUACAAAGUCGGGAUUGUGUCGAAAGUAAAUGGUUGUUACUUCCCAACAACAUACGCUUUACGUAUCGAUUCAAACACAUCGCGAGUGUGCGUCAGUUUGCACGAGAUUACACUUCCGUACUAAUCCUCGUUUCCUUCGUUUGAGGAAAAUAUUUACUUUCCAACAACUCUUGGUAACUUUCACCGGUAACGGUUCCUUGAAAAAAAUAGCAGAUACACCCUUUUUUACAGAAAUCGUAGCCUAAAAAUGCGAAGACUCUUUGGGGAUGAGGGAGAACGCUGUCCUAUUGUUUGUAGAAUCACGGACUUUCCAGACGGCACGAAUUUUCGAAAGGUCCCAAAAAAUCUGAAAGAUGUCUAGAAAUAUAAGGCGUCCUUCGGAUGUCCUUGACACAUUUCUUAGAUAUUUUUGCCGUCUCAGUUAACAUCGGACGAAAAUUCCCGUUCGGGCAUGUACACGAGGAAAUUGACUGGUCGUGUUGUCUUAAAUAAAAGAUAUCCUCCAUUCCAUUGGAUCUCACGAUUGGUUGCUUUCCUCGCGACGUAUGCAACAUACGAUUAUGCACGUUUGCUUGGAUAUGCCUCGAAACCGCUCGAGUCUCAAAUCUGCGUCGCGCGAUAAAAGCGUCGUCGAUUAUCGUCCCGCGAGCGCAUCUAUUAGCCUCGCAAAUAUUAGUCAAACAUAGAACGCACGGGUACGCAAACACCGGUGCGUCAUCGAGAAUAAAUCAUAUACGAAACAUACGGACGGUUUUCCUGUAUCAGGGAUGUCGGGGACGAAAAAUCAAAUCACUUCUACUCACGCUCGAGUCCUUCUGCGAAUCCCUACCUAUUCCCGAGCUAUCGAUCGGUCGCGUGUAUGCUAAUUUCGACCGACCAUGAAAACGCAAUCGUAAUCGCGGAUCACAACCGGUGUAGUUUUAAAGUGUAAUCGAAGAUCGCGCGCGCACUCUCAGCAAGCCGUCGUUCUUAUAGACCCUCUCGGCCGUCCUUUGCGAUUCUAUCGAUUCGUUCGGCUUUCAUACACGGUGGAAAAACGGUUCCACGGGGCAGGGAGGCAGGGGGAAUCUCCUAGCCGUGCAAUUAUCUCCUCGCUCCCUUCUCGAUCCGCCUACCCUCGACGAGAGCUCCUCGUCACAUAUGUGUACGCGUUUCUUUUUUUCAUCUCUCUCUCUCUUUCUUUCUUUCUUUCUUUCUUUUUUCUUUCACUAUAGCUAUUGUCGUAAUCGGAGCUUUAACGGGAUUUAAUAUACACGCCUUAUCGAAUUCUCCCAGCUUUCACACUUUCUCCCCCUCGACUUGCAGUCGAGACUUCAUCCACUUCCUGCACACGAAAGUCACACUAACACACUCGUGUGUCACAUACACACACACACAUCACGACGAUGAUGCAUUCUCGUCUGCACAUGAAGGAAAGAAAACGAAGAAGAAGCCGCGCGAGUCGACACCCUUAAUCAUCGAGCGGCAAUCUUCGCGCCUCUCUCUCGAGCCAUUGUGAUGCAGUUUCUUUUUGCCAUCGAGCCUCUCCUCAUCCUUACCUUUCCGCUCAUAGUCGGGGGAACACACACGCACACACAGUGGCGCGUACCGUGGCGGGUGGCGAAUCGAUAUUUACAUGUCCAGAAAUAGACCGACCGCGGAACGACUCCCCAUAAGGAGGACGAGAGCGUAUCGCAACAUUUCGUCGCGACGAAGCGCGCACCUGUCCUCAAUGAGACUUCCUCAUCACCCGCGUCGCCUUUCCAACCCAUUUGCGCACUCGCGUCGACGAGAGCCACUCGCGGAUAUUCCUAAUCGUCGGAUGUACACGGUCGACGGGAGGAAGUUCGCAACUCUCCCUUUUUCUUCCUCUCUUCCCCGUAAUUUUCGGAAGGUACAUUUUCCCGUGAGGUACCAGACAUAUGCCAAAAUUUAUCGGGCUGGAAGUGUCACAACACUUUUUCUUCCACUCUUGAUUGUAUGCUGGGUUUCAAGAUGGUUUGAACAUUUGUUUCCUGGUGUAACUCGGAAUGCAGCCAGUGAGAGGAUUCGUUUCUGAUUGAUCCCCAGAGGUUCAGUUCCUUCAUUAAACCGUCAACUGUAUAUAAGGUAGAACAGGGAAUAACGUUGAUGACGUUAAGUGAUGUUAAAAUAAAUGACGAUAAAUAUAUUGGUUAGUAUCUACCGUGUGAAUAUUUUUCUUUUUUUUUUUAAUAUUUUCUCCCAAUCUACAGCAGUUUUGCUGAGACGUUCGGUUUCGAAGGACUCCGAAGUUAGAAGCGGAGCAAACUGUCACGAUUGAGAGUCAUUACCGAUGAGUUCGCGUAGUAAUCGAUCAUAACGGAAGCCGAAAUGACAGCACAAGGUACAAACAUUGACUCAUCGUGCUGUUAAUUGGGCGGAUCUUAAUUUCGUUGCUUAAACGAUCGUAUAAUAAUAAUUCCUCCUCCGGAGUUUCCGUUGCAGAUGUGACCGUUCCCCGGACGUUUACGGCAAGCGUUCGGCAAACGUGCGGUUCAAGCGUCCGGUAAACCACAUGGAAAAGUAUUUUAAGCCCAAACGACCGCAUAGUUCGGUGGGAAGUUAAUUACGGCUCACUUCGGAGCGUUCAGAAAAGGCGGGUACAAAUCUUCGCGAGCUUCCUGCAAACGGUCAACCGUGCAUCGGGCAUUUUUGACAGAGAAAACGCUUCGGUGGGCCAUGAUCAGAUUCCUUCAAACUCGCUGGAAACUUUCCCGACCGUUUUAUCUUCGACUGGACCUUCGCCUGUAUCUCGUAUACUUGAAACACAAGGUUGCCCGACUCUUCGAAUACCAUUAUCGCAACCGUACGAACCCAGAAUACUUUCGAAUAUAUUAACAUUACGUUUCACGUCAUCUUGAUCGAAAUUAUUUUCACAUUCCGCACUUUGACUGUCACAAUUAGCAAACCCGUCGGCGUGGUGACUCUCAAUCAUUCGUCGGCGCUGCCAAUUUCGAUGCCAGUCCAAACUGUUUCGCUUCUCACCGGUAAAGCCGGCUGUACACAAUUGCCGGCUGUAUUCAUUGUGUUCGUUCAAUUCGUUCACACCCGCGAAGAGAGGAAUCGAACACGGUCUUGUUCUCUAUUGCUCGCCGUGGACAAGACUGGCGCGAAGACUUUUCAAAAUCUGCCCAACUUUUGUCCGCGACGUUCGAUCGAGUUGGGCGGGAAAACGACGCGAAGCUCUCCGCAUAAAAACAACUUCGUGAAUCAUUACUGUGCAUGUACAUGCGUACGCAUACGCGUCAGCAAAAGCGCGAAUCAUUCGACGAUCGCCUCGAGUGACUCGGGGGUGGGGGAGGGGGGAGCUCUGCAUUAUUCAAAAUCGCCUCCAACCUUUCCCUGCCCUCGUGACCCCAUAUCUGUCGCUAAUUUCCCGAUCGCGCUGUACACAUUCGUCGUGAAAAUAUUUCCAGUUUUCUUUGUUUUUUUUUUAUCGCUCCGUCCAUCGAUUCGCGAUCGCGCGCUGUCACGGCGUAGAAGCGCUUCGCAGCGUUUCAAGUUUAUUCAAGAGAUAGGUGUAACACAUCAACGUCACCGAGCCGCGCGUAGAGGUUCAUCGGUUCGGCCGAAAAUACAUAUCGCCAUCGUAGCAGCUGCUCAAACAGCUUCGUACCGCGUAUAUUCGAGGCGCUUGGUUUCGAGACGAGGGAAUUUCGCGAUGCGUGUUAUUAACGGUGCGGUGUGUUAUCAAGAUGUCCCGUCCGCCAAACCCGUUCGCAGGUCGGAAAUUCUUCGUCUCUCUUCUCCCGCAAUUGUCUUGUCGAGCUGCUGUCGCAACGAGACAUUUAUACUCACUCACUCUCUCAGCUGCGCUGAGCGCACAACAACGGCGCGAGAUAACGCGUGUCGUAUCAGGGUCACGUAGCAGAUAGCGUUCCGUUAUUAAAAAGAUAUUGAUAUUGCCGUUCACUUGAUAGCAUUAAUCAGUGGACGAAUAUUGGAAGCUCGCUUCCUACAAGCAACGGAAUGUCAACGGAUACGAACGAUAAUGAAAAUUCGGGAAACGGGGAAAACGAAAAUCCAUCGUUCUUUAUUUCCGCGAGAUAACGGAUGGUAACGACGGUUGAUGUUCACGUGAAAAUUGCACGAUGACAUCAUUUGGACGAUUAUUAAGCGGACACGCAUAGUUGAGUCGCGUGAGGAUAUACGCGAAAUAAUGCCGAAGCGCAUAACCGCGACCUCCGAUAAUAUCGUUACGUUUCUGCAAGCCCGGCCGGUCGUUCUCGCGGUGUCAGCGUGAAAGUUGAAAUACUAAUCGAAUAGUAUACGCUCCGAUAGCGCGUAGAUACACGCACGUAAAAAUUAUGCAAACAUACGCGAAUAUUGAUGUGACAACUUUCGUCGAUUUGACGUCGUAUGUCGUGAGAUAUAUUCGUUCGAUAAAGUUCAAAAUCGAACAGAUUUCCGAAAUCGCAUCGCUCAUUAAAGCUCAUGAGCGGACCGAUCGACAUAGCAGAAAAGUUAAUGUUGGGAUGAGAGCAUUUAAUCGAGAGAUGAUUUUUUACGAAAAAAAAAAUUAAAUCUUCCAAUUGUUUAAAUAAUUGCUGUUUAAACAAUUAAUUUGAAACUGCGAGUUACCGAGAAAAUUGACAGCGCCAUUGAAUUCUACGGAAAAAAUUACAUAAAGUCCGUGUAUUCGACAAUUUUUUCUCCAUUCUCUAAUUUGCGACGUAGCAUAAUAAAUAAGCGCAGAAAGUGUACAUUACUUUUAUUUAUUGUUACUGCGAGACAUGUGAUGCUUAUUUGUGCAUAUACUCAUAUAUUCUGUGCGCUUAUACU